AUGUCCAACCAGCAGAACGGUGGUCUCCUCGGCGGCCUAGUUGGCGGAGUCGACAACGUCCUCACCGGAGGAGAGAAGGCGAAUGGGCAGGGAGGCCUACUCGGAGGGGUUAGCGGUGCGGUCGGCAGCACAACGGAGGGUCUUGGAAAAGGCCUCAAUUCCACGACUAAAGGAGUGGGAAAGGCCGUGGGCCAGACAACCGAGGGCCUCGGGAAGACCGUUGGCGGCGUGACAAGCUCAGUGGGAAGCACUGUCGGCGGAGUGACCGGCGCGGGGAACAAGAGCAAUGAAGAGACGCCGUUCAAGAGUUAUGGCAUCUAA